AUGGCCGAAGUAGAGGAGAAGCGCGCCAACGCUGAAGCCGUGAUCCUGGACCUCGUCAAGGAGCUGGUGCGAACGGCACAAGAGGUGGAAAGCAUGAAUUCCCAGGGGGCUCUCGUGGAGGAGCGCCUGGAUGCCGUUGAGGCGCAUCUGCAGGACCUCGAGAGCAGUUGGCCAUCGAAGUGCAGCGACGCCCAGGAGCCGCACGUGCUCGAGGAUCGGGGCUUGGAGGAGGACGACACGCUGCCGUUCGCGCCCCUGAGUCGGAGCACAGCUGGAGGUGCUUUCCGCACUUCCCACACCCUGGGCUUGAGCCGUCCCUCGGAGCAGAUGCGCAGCCGCCGCGAAGUGGCGACCUGGGGCGGCAGCGGCUUCGUGGCCCCAGGUGAGAAGCUGCUGUCCAAGGCCCAGGCAUUGAACACCAGGAGCCUGGGAGGUGUUCCCCCGCCGAAGUCUGCGGCAAAGGCUCCUGGAACCCUCGGAGCCCAGAAGCUCGUGGAAGCCGCUGCAGCGAAGGCAGCAGCAGAGGCUCUCGAGAAGGCCAAAACCUCGUUGUCAGAGCUUCGGGAGGAGCUGCGCAGUGAUCUCGCGGCCACGGUGGCAGCCGAGAGAGAGAAGGCUGUCGAGAGCUUUGCAGCCCUUGAGAAGGCUCUAACCGCUCAGGUUGAGUCGACCAUGUCAGAGUUAACGGCGCUGGCCGGGCCACGGCCGCGUUUGCCCAUCGACCCGCGUGAGCGCGAGGGCAGCCAGGAGUCGCAAGUUCAAAGUGGUCCAGAUGCUGCUGGUCUGACGCCCCGAGUGGCCGAGCCAUCUCAGGGCGACAUCGACUCACCCAAGGCAUGGACGGCGAAGAAGCCCCGGACCAGCUUUCGUGUUCUUGGUGCGCUGGUGCCGGCCUGCUUGGGGGUCCUGAAGAAGCCGACGGAGGUCGACGAGCCUUCCUAG